AGGAAUCUCAUUGGCUCACGGGAGGCGUGAUGCCACCGGGCAGCUCUUUUUAAGAGAAAAGCCAGGACCUGAAGCAGCGACCCCUGAGCAGUGCUCUCUGUGCUUAGCGGCGGGGACCCGGCUGCUGUGUGAAAGCCAACAUGAGUGAGCGACAAGGUACUGGAGCGACCAAUGGAAAAGAUAAGACAUCAGGCGAAAACGAUGGGCAGAAGAAAGUUCAAGAAGAGUUUGACAUCGACAUGGAUGCACCAGAGACAGAACGUGCAGCGGUAGCCAUUCAGUCUCAGUUCAGAAAAUUCCAGAAGAAGAAGGCUGGAUCUCAGUCCUAGUGGGGGACCCCCCUUCCUAAUCUGCUUGAAGACCCUGAAUUCAACCAUCAUCUGUCAAGAAACUAAGAGAACCACACCCUAGACAGAAGUCAUCCACAUGAGAUACACACACGCACCGCAAACCUAAAUGCAUGUACAGAAACCCGUAAUAUUUAUACCCUUGUAGACAGGCGGAGGCAAGGAAAAUUUGAGUAGCUUAAUCUCUAUGUUUAUCUCCAUUCUCAUUUCUCCUGCAACUAUUUUCCUUGACGUUGUAAUAAAAUGAAGUUCAGAUGAGUGAUUCAAA